GAGUUAAAUUAUAAUUUUAACAAUGGGUAACCACCAUCUACAAUUUCACAAUAAUUAAUAACUCUCGGAUAAAGCUAUCAGAAUUUUGAUUGGUGGAUAUCAUACAACUACAGAUUACAGCCGCAGCAUGACUCUGACUUUCCAUCUCUCCGUCUACCAUCCCACGUGGCAGUUAGCUUCACCAAGAGAAUUCUCAAUCACAGAGAGAUCAUCAGCUGAUAGCGCUGAGAACCUUUACUGAAACUCUGUAUCACUCUGAUCCCAAUGGCGGUCACUUCACCAUUUUCAGCUUCGGUUUAUCUUCGAGGACACCAAUCCAACUCACACCACUUCCUCUCCUCUAAAUCUCCCUUUGCUCCAGUAGUUCCAGCCAGAAAAUCACUCACAGUCCUUGCUAUGGCACCCAAAAAGAAGGUGAACAAGUACGAUGAUAAUUGGAAGAAAGAGUGGUUUGGACAAGGGAUAUUCUACGAAGGGUCAGAGGAAGUGGAAGUGGACGUGUUCAAGAAGCUGGAGAAGCGAAAAGUGCUGAGCAACGUUGAGAAGGCUGGCUUGCUAUCCAAGGCUGAGGAACUGGGAUUUACUCUCUCAUCCAUAGAGAAGUUGGGUGUUUUCUCCAAGGCUGAGGAGCUUGGGUUGCUCAGCUUGCUAGAGAAGGUUGCGAGCUUCUCUCCCUCGGCUCUAGCCUCGGCGGCGCUGCCAACAUUUGUGGCGGCGGUGGCGGCCAUCGUGUUGAUUCCGGAUGACUCGGUGGGGCUGGUGGCGGUGCAGGCUGUGUUGGCCGGGGCUCUUGGGGUUGGGGCUACAGGCAUGAUUGUUGGGUCUGUUGUAUUGGAUAGCUUACAAGAAGCUGAUUGAUUUUUUUUUGUUGGGGGCUUCUUUUUGUUUACUUGUUUGUAUUUUAAUUUUUAAAAGAGGGAAAAUAAUUUGGCAUUAAUCAAUAAGAGAAAUGUAUAAAUUAUGAUUUCCUUGUAUCUUCUGAGAUUUGCUAACUUUGGGGACGCAGAGAUGCACUAUAUUAGUGAAUAAAAGAUUAGAUAUAUGUAAGUAAUUAUCUUCUAA